AACAUUUACAAUGACGGAAAAGUCACAGCACACACGUGGAUGUUGAUAGUUGGAACUGCGUUUUCUUAUUUAAGGAAUAGAGGCGACGUUUUUAUAUGUAGAAUUUGUCUCGUUUGACACGUUUAUUUUCUAAUCUAGUGUCGAAUACAAAUCUAGCCAUAUAUUGGUAUCCGUCUGCUGACCAUAUUUGGACCUCUCAUUUAACUGGGAUUUAGUUUUCAUCGGGAAGUCUACAGGCUACAAGAUAAACAUGGGCAAAAAUAAACAGAGAGGCAAAAAACAGCAGAAUGUAUUUCAGGUUGCGAGCAAACAGUCAAAACCCAAGACCAAAGCGAAACCUGUCAAGACCUCGCUGAAACAUAUAAACACUUUGAGAAAUGAAAAAGUGGAGAGCUUAAAUCAGAUGUUCACAGAAGUACAGCGAGAUGUAAAAAGUAUUUCAAAAUCCACAUCUAAUGAACCCAAAAAAGGACAGAAGGUGGUCAGAGAAGCUCCACGGGAAGCUGUCAAUGUGGAUGGUGCUGCUCAGCUUUUCUCUCAACUCUAGAAGGACAUUUUAACAUACAGAAAAUGGACUCUGGACUAAUCACAGAAACUUUAUACCAUAUACCAUACAAUAAGGGCAAAAACAGUCCCUCAGUUUUUUUUCCUCUUGCCUUUAGAGGGCCGUUUCGUAAAUGCACUCUGUGAACAGCCAAGCUUAACGUUUUAUAUAUAUAUAUAUAUAUAUAUAAAUAGGCAAGUUUUCAUAGUGCAAUACAUUUUUAGAUUUGAAUAUUGUUUUUGUUUGCUGAAGCUUAAAGAACAAAGUCAUUAAAGACUGAAUUCAAUCAGAGCUGUUUUGCUGUUCUGUUUGGUUUCUUCUGUUGUAUUGAGUCAGCUGUAACAGGCCUUAUAUAUUCUUCGGAUCAGUGUUUGAACUUGUGACCCACUUGAUAGAUGGAUGGCCACUCGAGUUGCUGACAUUGAGAUCGUUAGCUGGUGUUUUAUUUGUAUUAGAGGUGGGGCUGAAGAAUUUUUUUUUGUUUGUAAUUCUCAGCACUAAAACAGCACUUGGGAACUUCAUUGUAGAGUUGUAAAAAGUACCAAGUCGGUACUGAAAUUUUAAAAAUGUGAUGCUUUGAGCGCUGUUGAGCGGAUUUGUAGACACCUCUGAUUGGCCAUUGUGUUCACGCGCUCAGAUAUGUCUGUGAUUGGCUACAAUGAUCAAUGCUUCAAAAAUGUUGUAAAUAGUCAUGAAUGAAGCUCUUCACUGAGCGCUUACACACACGGUAGCGUUUGAAAGCAGCCGUCUAUUGCAGACCGGUCCGCUGAUAUAUACCUGCUUUCAAAUUCAAAACACUUGUGUGCUUUCAAACGCUGCUGUGUGUUGAUCAUUGUAGCCAAUCACAGACAUAUCUGAUGAGUGUGUGAACACAAUGGCCAAUCAGAAGUGUUUAAGAAUUCAAAGCAUCACAUUUUUACAAUUUCAGUACAGACUUGGUAUUGAAGUCGGUACUUUUGACAACACUAUCAGAUAGUUCAGCAACAAAUGAAAAUUCUGUCAUUUUUCCUUUUCUUCGUGAUGUUCCAAACCCAUGUUAUUCAUCACACACAAAAGGAUAAGUUUUGCAGGUGCUGUUUUACAUGAAAUGGAAGUGAAUUCAUUUUUGGGUGAACUUUUCUCUUAAAUUCCUGUAGCCACUGCAAAAUUUGUCAUUUAGGCCUGUUGUGCUGGCUUAUAAGAAAAAAAAGAACAUGAGUUUGGGAACAGAUUAAACCAAUGAAUGAGA